AUGUCCGAGCUGCCUGGCUGGCGCAUUGGCAUCAUAUUCAUCAUCUUCUUCACCGUUGCAUUUGCCUGGGAUGCGGGCACCGCGGCCCUGGAAGGCUGGCUGAAGCGCCACCACAAGCGCGGCCUGCGCCAUGUUUUGCAGCGCCUGCAGCGCGAGCUGCUGGUGCUGGGCUUGCUCUCUCUCCUGCUCAUCGCAUUCGAGGGGUAUCUGUUGAAGAUCUGCAUACCGUGCGGCACCUCCUGCAGCUGGGACUGCCCUGCACAACAGGGCUCCGAUGCAGGCAGCGGCAGCGAUGGCGGCCAUCGCCGCCAGCUGCUUGCCUCGGCAGCCCUGGAUGAGCUAUCCUGCAGGCAGGCAGCCGACACGUGUGGCCCUGGCAGCGAGCCCUUCUGGUCGCAGCUGGCCUUGAUCCAGGCGCACGUAUUCCUCUUCACCAUUGCCGCCGUGCACAUCUGCUACGCAUGCGUCUCAAUGCUGCUCUGCCUUUGGAAGCUGCGGCGGUGGCAUCGCUUCGAGCAGCAUGCGCUGCAGCACGAGCUGCGGCCAAUGAGCUUGAGGUCCUUGCCGCGCCCCGGGGACAAUGCGCUCACGCAUUUUCUGUGGUGCAUAGCGUCCAUGCUCACAGGUGGUGUCAAUGCAGAGGUGUACCUGGGCCUGCGGCGCCUGUUUGUGGAGCGGCUCGACGUGGACCCCUCUUUUGACUUCUGGAGCUUUUUGGUGGAAAGUAUGGAGGAGGAGUUUAGCCAAGUGGUUGGCGUCAACAUCGUUCUCUGGCUGCUGCUGCUAGUCUGGAUCAUGCUCCCUGGAGCGUCGUACCAAAUGAUCUGGCUCUCCAGCCUUGCCGUUGCGGCGGUGUUCCUGGUGGGCAUCAAGCUGCAGUCCAUCAUAAUCUGCCUGGCCCAGGGCGCAUACCAACUGUACGGCAGCCGCUCAGCAGAUGAGUCUGCCCCCGCUCAGCAGGAGGCACAGAGGCCACAAUUGGACGCCUGGCCGCAGGUUCCGCAGCGGGAGAGGCAGCAGCAGCUGGAGCGGCAAUACCGUGGGCCCGACGCAGCUUCGCUCUUUUGGUUUGGCAAACCGCGCCUCGUGCUAAGGACUAUCCAGCUGGUGUACUUUGAGAACAGUUUGAGCAUUGCAGCUGUAUUGUUCAGCGUGUGGCAGGGGGUCGACUUUGACUGGUCCCGCUAUGGAGGCUGGCCCUUCCUAGUCAGCAUGAUUGUGAUUGAGCAUGCGCUGAAGAAGAACAUCAAGCCCGACAUGGCUAGGCAAGUUGGCAUGCUGGCCUUGCAGCGCAUGUCUGCGGAGCCACGUUGGUCGCCCGAGCCCGGGGAGCACGUGCCUGACAGCACCGGCAAUGCUGAGCAGCUAGCAGAAGCUGCAGAUGCCGGUGUCUAUGAUGUCUCCACCAGGCCAGCAGGGGCCAGCAGCAUGCAGCAGCUGGAGCAGGAGGGGGGCUCGGAGCUGUCCGGGCAGCAGCCAGACCGGGGCAGCAGCCAAGCGGGGGUGGGCCUUGCGGCUUUUGCGGCGGGUGGAUCCGCGGCAGUGCUGGACAUCUCCGAUGCAGAUGACGAGCGGCUAUCUAUCACGAGGCUCAUGGAGAGCGGCUAA